UUCCUUCCUGAAAAACUACCAACCAAUUACUGUAUACCACAGAAAACAAUAACAAGUUCAAUGUCCAACCCACACCACCAGAUUGCUCCGGUGAUCGUACUGGCAGUGCCCUUUCCGGCGCAAAGCCAUCUAAGCCAGCUCCUGCAACUCUCAUGCCUCCUAUCAUCAUCACCCCACAACCUUCCAGUCUACUACGUUUGCUCUUCCAACCAUGUCCGACAAGCCAAGCUCCGCUGCUCCGAUCCACUUCUCCUCUUCAACAUCCAAUUCCAUGACCUCCAAAUUCCUCCCUUUCCUUCUCCCUCCCCCAUCCCUGGCACGGAUACUGAUUUCCCUACCCAUAUGCAUCCCUUGUUUGAAGCCUCACUAACCCUCCGCGAACCCUUUGCAGCAUUCUUCCAAACUCUCCAUUCUCAAACCAAGAAAAAGAUUAUUGUAAUCCAUGAUACUCUGAUGUCAUAUGUUGUUCACGAUGCUGCUUCUUUCCCAAAUGUCGAACUCUACGCUCUGCACACGUCUUCGGCCUUCAAUUCCUUCUGCUGGAAUAUGGGAGAGAUCCCAAUUCCUAGAGAAAUUCAAAUCCCACCCAAUCUUCCUUCUUCCAGGGAAGGCUGUUUUACAUAUGAGUUCGAGAAAUUUAUAGCCCUCGGAGAUGAGUUCGAGAAAUUCCGAUCCGGUGUUCUCUGCAACUCGUGCAGAGUGAUUGAAGGUGAUUAUCUCGAUCUUCUAGCUCAGAAUAAUGGGAACAGAAAUCAGUGGGCAGUUGGGCCAUUGAACCGACUAGUGAGGAUUGACGAGCAAAGCAAGUUGAAUGGAAAAGAAAAGUGCAUAGAUUGGCUUGAUAAGCAACCAACAAAGUCGGUCAUGUACAUCUCCUUCGGCACCACAAGUUCCAUGGUAGACGAACAGGUUAAGGAACUCGCAAUAGGAUUAGAAGAAAGCAAGAUUAGAUUCAUAUGGGUAUUAAGAAAUGCAGACAGAGGAGAUAUUUUUGCAGAAGAAGAACAGAUCAGUGCUGGUCCCACGCUUCCACAAGGGUUUGAAGAGAGAACGGAAGGAGUACAGGGGAUGGUGGUAAGAGGGUGGGUGCCUCAGGCUGAAAUUCUGGCGCACCCUUCAACUGGGGGUUUCAUGAGUCACUGCGGGUGGGGUUCGUGUAUGGAGAGCAUCAGCAUGGGAGUGCCGAUUGCGACGUGGCCAAUGCACUCCGACCAGCCUUGGAAUGCUGCCUUUGUGACGCAGGUGCUGAAGAUCGGUGUGGUUGUAAGGGAAUGGUCACGUAGAAAAGAAUUAGUGACGGCGUUGGCUGUUAAAGAAGCUGUGAGGACGUUAAUGGCGUCAGAGGAAGGGCAAAUGAUGAGGAAAAGGGCAGAGGAAUUAGGAAGAGCUGUUCGUCAGGCUACUGAGGAAGGCGGCGUUUCUCGCAUUGAGCUCGAAUCAUUUAUCAAUCAUAUCACUAAAUAGGUUAUCGUGGAUCAAUUUUAAUGUUAACCCCUCUUCUUUGAAACAAAUAAAUUAUAGUUUUAGAGUAUGUUUUGUUUGUGAAAAAUGAAGAAGGGAAGAAAUCUUCUUUGUUAAAGGAAAAACUUAAAGAGGAGGGGAAGGUGUUAUAUGUAUCAAGUAUUUUUUAAUAAUAUAUAUGGUAUUCA